AUGUCGAAGAGGGUGAAGGCGUCAGAAGAUCACGAAGGUGAAAGGGAUGAGUUAGAAGAGGAUAAAAAGCUAGAGGACGAAAAAAGAUUUUUGGAGGAGAGAGUAGCUUUAUCAACCAUGGGAAAGUCAAAAAUGUUGUGGACUGCAGAAGAGAGAACAGGUCAUAUGGUUUUUGUAAAUCUUCGUCAGAAGGAUUCAUCUGGCGUUCCAAAAAUUGCAGACAAGCUCUGCUCAUUUCCUGAUGAACAAAAUGGAUUUUCUACUUAUGUUGACUUCAUUUGCUCAAUCAUUAAUUAUCUAGCAGAAUUUGAAACAUACCCGGACUGA